AUGGCGUCCGAUCCCAAAGCAGACCUGGCCGUUGUGCCGCCGAAACUGACUCCGACUGACUAUCCUGUCAUUGACACCGACCCGCAUAUGCGACGUGUAUUUGGAUAUGCUCGGAACUCGGACUAUGCCGUGGCCGGUGCAAUGGGUGCAGUCUCUCCAUUUGCGUUCUGGCUCAUGGAAAGAUUGAGCCCCUCUCAAGCUGGCCGGGCGAUCUUGCAGUAUGCUUCCGGAACCCCUUCGAGGGCAAUUGCGAUGCUCACACUCGUCACAGAUCGUUUCUAUGGAUUCACUGAAAACAAGAGGGAAGUCGAGAUGGACAUGCGGGAGAUGGUUGACAAGGUGAAGAAGGGCGAACCAUUGUAUGGUGCCCCCCAUAUGUCCUCUUACCUUCAGGGUGUUGCUGCCCGCAACUCGCGGUACUCGCAGCUCUUCAUUCAUGUCAUCCCCUGGGGCAACUUUUUCAACCACGACCAGCAUGGUGUCGAUACCGCCAAGUACUAUCAACAAGCAGAGAGGGAGCUGGAGGCCGAGCGAUUGGCGAAGGCCGGCUCCGCAUAA